AUGGAGGCGCUUCGCGUUCAGGGUUUAAAGUUUACAUUUGGUGUAGAGUUUUGCAGAUUAGCACUCCUACGCUGCUUUGGGGAACUCGGGUCGUUGUAUGACGUUCUCUUGGAUGUCGACGUAGGUGAGGCACUGGUGACUUACGCGGAAUCUGUGUCUGCUCAAGAGGCUUACAUAAAAAUGAACGGGUUUUUACUAUUUGGUGAAACGAUACGAGUGAGCAUUACUGUGCCUCCUGUUUCUGAGGUACCAGGGUGCAGUGUGACGCACAGACCAUCCCGGUUCGUCAUUAUACGCGGGGCCACUUCUUUAUGGGUUGAGUUAAAUUUGAGACAUGUCAAAGGCGUUGAGCAGCAUCAGAUUGUUGGUGCGAAUGCGGCCGUUGUUUCGUUUGCUAAUGAACAUAUUUCCACCAAAAUAAAAAGGAUGUUUGACGGACAGAUUGGUUAUAAUGGUAAGCCAAUAACUGUGCUUUUUCUUAGACGCCUUUAA